AAUAAUAAUAAAACCAAUAGACUUCCAAAAUCUUCUUUCUCCUGAAAAUAAAUAAAUAAUCACCACCAAGUUGUAUGAAGCAACCAUAAACAUCAAAAAUCAGAUUCUCAGGAGCGAAAGAUGCUCUACAAGAAAUCAGUGGUGCAUCUGAUACUAGUCCUACUGCUAUCAUUUUCUCUACUCUUGCCUCCAUCUUCAACAACAAUUACUCACUUAACUGUUAUCGUUAAGGAAAGGAGUGAAGUGAUACAUAGAAAUCUAGGUGGAGGAAAACCAACUCCAUGUCCUCCACAUGAUCCUCGUUGUCAUGGACCUAGUGGUCGUUCUCCAUGUCGUCCACAUAGCCAUGGUUGUCAUCCACAUGUUGGUCUUACUCCUAAUCAUGCCCUGGGAGGAGGACCUGGUCAUGCAAGCAGUGGUAUUCUACCCUGAGUUCCUCCUGGUCGCUGCUGCUGAUAGUAGCGAGAAGAAAGUGAGAUUGUUUGGGAUUGAAUUCAAAAUCUCAUGCUUCACAAUAUAAUAUUCUUACCACUAAGUUAAAAUGUUGUUGGUAGUCGACAACUUUACUCGAGCAAGCCAAACUUAGGGUCAUAAUUAGUGUUCCUUAAGUCGUAUUUGUAUUGUAUUUCUACUUUAAUAUUUCACAUCAAAAUUUUCUUA